CGAUAUUUGGACACCCUAGUCCCUUAUGGCUUACACUAGGCAGUAGACAUGAUGCACUUAAAUUAUUGAAUUUUUGAGUACAAACUACAAUUUACAAGUACCUACUUGUUUUCAAUUGAUUUUACUCAUUCUGGUGAAUAAUAUCCGAUUUCUGAAUAGACAGAUUGUUGUACUAAAAUAUAUAUUCUUAACACCUCAUUUAAGGUAACUUUCACAUAAUAAUACAAAAUAUCGAGUGUUGUAUUGAAUAUGUAUUCAACAUUAUCAAUGAAAUGUGGGCCGUAUAUCAAAAGUUCUAAUAGAAUGAUACGUGGUAUUUAUGCAUUUCGUCGAUUCAAAUCGGACGAUGGACCACCAGAUGAUAGUGAUUCUAAGAAAACUCAGGCUGUUCAUAAGUUAAACGAUUUAUUAAAAUCAAUGGUAAAAGGAAAUGACAAUCCUCAAAUUUCGAAAUCAAUUGAGUUGGCAAAACCUAGGCAAAUGGCGAGAAAAGCAGAAAAAAAACAAGAAGUAAAUGAAGAAGAAAGUGAUAAAUCAUUAGGUGACAAAUUAGCAAAAGCGGCUACUUCUGUUGCCGAGACUAUGGGCGGUGAUGUCAAAAAAACUGAGUCGGAACUUCUAAAUUUGUUAAGGAUAUAUAAUGAUGAACCAGAUAAUCAAUGUGAAAAAAAACCUAAAUCAUCUGUCCAUUUGAGUGAAUUAAUUUCUGGAAUGAAAAUAGAUCGUUCCAAACCCAAAGCUGCUUCCUCAAAUUAUCAGGGAGUUGAUGAUAAAGCUCAGAGGGUUAGAGAAAUUUUAGGCAGUACUUCUAGCCAACGAAAACCGUUUGAAAAAUCAAAUCAAUAUAGCAAACCUAUGCAUAGUUAUGAACCAAUAAAUAUAUUUGGCAGCGACCCACUUAACAUAUUUAAGAAUCCAGAUGUAUCAGACAACAAUGUUUCAAAAUUGCAGACAUGGGACAGACUUCAAAAAAAAACAUUGAAAUUAGCUGUGACACAUCCUCCCAAAAAUAUAUAUGAACAAAUGAUAAGGUGGACAGAACAUGGAAAACUGUGGACAUUUCCUAUCAAUAACGAACAAGGCAUGGAAGAUGAAAGUAAAGUGUUUUUUGCUGACCAUGUAUUUUUGGAACCGUUACUGGACGACUGGUGUCCAAAAAAAGGACCUAUUAGGCAUUUCAUGGAACUAGUUUGUGUAGGUUUGUCUAAAAAUCCUUAUUUUACAGUCGAAGAAAAGAGAGAUCAUAUCAACUGGUUUAGGCAGUAUUUCUAUGAGAAAAAUCAACUACUGAAGGAAGUAGGUGCAUUUGAAAUUAAAUCAUUGCCAGAAAACGUCAAGGAGUACUAUAAACCUCCGGUUCCAGAAUAUUAGUUUAAGAUAAUCUGCUAGUGUUAAAAUAGCAUUACUGUAUAUGAAUUAAAUUUUUUUUUUUAAA